CUCGGUUAAUGGAAGUGGUCAGUUUGUUGGCUUAGCGGAGAUGGUUGGGAAGGUAGAUUUUAACAAGGACAUGGACUUCUGGCAAAUUGACAGAAGGAGUGGGUUUUUCCCAGUAAAAUGGCAUAUCCUAAAAGAUAUUCCUAACUAUGCGUUGGUACACAUUACCCUAGAAAACAAUGAAUACAAGUCUGUGACUUGUAGCAGGGAUACUCAAGAGGUUGGACUGAAGGAGGGUUUAGAGAUGCUUAACAUAUUUAAGAAUUACUCUGCAAAAUCAUGCUUAUUAGAUGACUUCAAUUUUUAUGAAAAACAAGAGAAGCCUGCUCAAACCGAGAAGACUGACAAGUCAGCUCCUUUACCUAUGGAUAAACGCAAGGAAAGAGAUUUUAGUCUAAUGAAACCAGGAGAAAGAAGAGCAGAAGAGAAUCCAAUGUGGACCAGAAGAAUCACUGAUGGGACUGCGGCUCUAAUCAAUCAAACCAAAAAUCUCUCCCUCAAUGACCGCAACCUGAAGAAUAAUAGUCUAAAGAAAUGGUAGAAAAGUCAGCUUCUACUGUCUUGGAACUAUAGGAAACUUACAGCCAUUGUUGUUCGCCAUAGAACUGACAUUAUUGGAUUCAGCCAGUCUUUCUUUCUUCCCGUCUGUUAUAUGGGUAAUUUUGCUUGCAUUCAAAACUCUUUCAGUGAUUAUUGAUUAGGCAUUACAUUUUUAAGUUACAGGUGGAUUCGGUUCUGUUUUAAGAAUUUAAUUUUCUUUGUUAUGAGGAAUGUUUGUUUGCAUCGGAACGCACUUGGAGUCCAAGUGCAUUAAUUCAUAUCUUUCUAGAGAGGAAA